UGUAAUUACGUUAUCAAUUUUAUUAUUAUUAUUGUGCUAUUUCUAGAACUUGAUUUUCCACUAUGGCAAUGUGACCCAGACCCAGUCUAGAACUCCCUUCCAACCGUCAAGGCCACUGAGAGAGAGAGAGAUGAAUAACGAGGAAUUGAGCCGUCGCCGUCGUGUGCUGGAAUUUAUCAUGCAGUCUGCUCACGAUCUCCAAGUCCCUCCGAUCGUCAAGUACUCCGCGCUUUCUCUUUUCGCCGACCGAUUCUACCCCACUCUCUACCGAAUAGGACCAGACAAAGUAAACUGGCUUUUGGAUCCCACCAGAGAAAGCAACCUUCAGUUAUUUGCUCUUGCUUCUGUAUGGAUCGCUAGCAAAAUUCACUCAUCCCGUCCUCUUUCUUUCAAGUCUUUGAAGUCAUUAGCAGACAAGAGUAUUACAGAGCAGCAUUUCACAACAAGAGACUUUUUGGAUGCAGUAAGAGCUACUUUUUUUUUUAAAAAAUAAAGUUUCAAGGGUGUGCAGUGUACACAACUCUUUUAUUAACUCUCCUGGUGGUGAUAAGCUACUUCACAGGAGCUGUCACUAAUGCAGGUAUUGAAAUAUGAGAUUGGUGUGUCAUACAUUGCCUAUGUAUUCCUGGAGGAUCUCAUUAUUCAAUUGAAGGAUGUUGCACGGGUUGGUGAACAUGUGAAUUUUGAAGCUUGCUUGGAUAUCAUGGACCUACUCUAUGAAAAGGAGGACACUUCAAUUCUUUUCAGUACUUCUAAAUGUUUGGCAGCGUCAAUAUUGGUUGCUACAUAUGUGAUUACAGUUCCUGUACAACGAUGGGAGUUCCCAAUUCUCCCUUGGGUUGUGUUUGUAACAUCAUGCGAAGAGCAGCAGAUUGUGGACACGGUUGGAAUGGUUCUGAGGCAUAUCUUCGACCCGGUCCAACUCCCUCCUUUGAUUUGAAGUGGUCUUUAUCCUCACAUAUCUUUUUGGUCAACAAACACUGCCAUUGAUGAUGGACGGCCGGGACUGAUGAUCAGAUCUAUAGGAGCAAAAACUAGAGAGAGCGAAUCUAGGAAAGCGAUAACAAUGGCUUCAGUAAAUCAAUGUUCGAUGAAGGUAGCAAUGGCGUCUAAGAAAGGUGAAAGCGAAGACAAUGAUUUUGUGCCGAGGGAAUCCGAUGAUAUGCUUCUGACAAUGCCUAACGGACUGGUAGGCUCUGAAAUUUACAAUUUAAAGUUGAUCAACAUGAAUUGAACUUUAUGAAAUUGAAGUUUAUGAAAUUGAUUGAAGGCAUGCAUUUUGUUAUAGUUGAUUGAAUUCGAUAGCUAUGAGCUUUCAAUUGUGCAGGUCUACAAUGUCGUCAAUUAAUGUCUACUUGGUCU